UCGGAGCCUCCUUUCUCAGUUGAUCCUACUAUGAUUGAUUUUGAUUCUCAACAGAGUUUUUGGAUUGAGUAUGAGUAAGAAAUUAUUGAGUCUAAUUUGAUGAACAAAUCAGAGAUCGAUCAGUACUUAGAAUAUGGUUGUGAGGCACGAGCUCCUAAUUUUGAUAUUUUGGAUUGGUGGAAGAUUAAUGAAGUAAAAUAUCCUAUUUUGGCAAGAGUUGCACAGGAUGUAAUGGCCAUUCCUGUUUCUAUAGUUUCUUCUGAGUCAGCCUUCAGUGCAGGGGUUCGUGUGCUUGACCCAUUUCGUAGUUCACUAUCUCCAAGAACAGUCGAGACACUUGUUUGUACACAAAAUUGGUUGAAGGAUCCAAUACCCAUUGAUUUUCGUGCCUCCUUGGAUAAUAUUGAAAGCUUUGAGGCGGAAUUGGAGUUUGGUCCAAAAUCAAGCUUUGCUUAUGAUGAUAAGAUUGAGGAGUAA